ACCGUGACCGGGCAGAGAAGUAGCGGACACAGAACCAGAGACCGUGAAGGGACCCACAUGGACGCUAUGGGACACAGAGCCGGAGACCGUGAAGGGACGGACAUGGAUGCUGGCCCCCCGGCCUGGGACAGCUGCCUGCUGGACAAGGACACCUUCUUGCAGAAUUUCGACCAGAAAAACUGGGAAAAGAAGACGUACCUCUGCUACGAGGUCGAGCUCCCCGAGGGUGCCUCCGGGGUCCCUCCUGGCCAACUCAAGGGCAUCCUGCACAAUGAGCCUGCCCAGGGAGAGCAGCAGCGAGGGUGCCACUCGGAGAUGUGUCUCCUCGAGCUGAUCCAGUCCUGGGAGCUGGGCUCCGAGCUGCCCUACAAGGUCACCUGCUUUCUGUCCUGGAGCCCCUGUGCUACCUGUGCCGAUCAAUUGGCCCAGUUCCUGGUCAAGAACAAACACGUGACCCUGAGGCUCUUCGCCUCCCGCCUCUAUACCAAGGAAAGAUACGAGGACUGGUUGCGCGUCCAGAAAGGAUAUGAAGACGGGUUGCGCACCCUGCAGCGUCACGGGGCCCACAUCGCCAUCAUGACCUCCACGGACUUUGAGCACUGCUGGGAAACCUUCGUGGACAACCAGGGAAAACCGUUCGAGCCCUGGGACACGCUGGUCUCCCAGAGUCGGUUGCUGUCUGAGAGGCUGAAGAACAUCCUCGAGAAGCCUGAGGAUGGAAGGCAGUCUCGCUAAGAUCGCAGGAGACCUCUGUCGGACAGCAGAAUACAUCACUUCCUCCCGAGAAAUGUACACUUGGCCUUCACCGCCCUCUGUGGAUGGAUGUCAAGAAGCCAGCGAGAGGCAAUGGGCCCACAACAAAUAGUCUUAAAAAAAAAUAAAAACGGAGUAGAUUUACUGGUCAUUGAAAAUC